UCCGCUUUUUCUCAUAUCUAUUGGGUUAAAAAGAACAAAAGAACUUAAUGUGAGACAUUUUUCUCGUACUCUUCUCAUUUAAAAUUCCUUACAGUCUACUCUUCGUUUAUUCAAUAGUUAUUCCAGACUAAUAACAGCUAAUAUAAGGACCACUUAUGCGCAAGAGAGUUUAUUUUGGAGAGCGGCGCGUGCGAACACCAAUCCACCUCCUCGAGCUCUCCAGCUCCAAAACUCUCUACCUUAUUAUAUAUAUUUAUUUUAUUUUAUUUUUUUGAUGGCAAUACCGAAUAAUGCCAGUCUAGCAUGGCUCUCUCUUCAACUCUUGCCACCCUUGGACCGACAUGGCAUAUAGUCGCGUCUUUUCGGACCCUCCGUCCAAAAGCAUCUUCAAGACAUUCGCGGUAAUGCUGCUGUCCAUACUCGCAUCUCUUUACUUUCUCCACUGCCUCACGGACCGAUACGGGACCUGCAUACCUACUGAGAAAAGACACACGGGUCCGGUUGAGCGAUUUGACGCAGUGGAACAAAAAGAUUUUGGGUCACUGAGGAAAAAGAGACUUCUUCCAAAAUGGACCUCCAUCAAACCUGUGGUGAUGAGGCACCACGGUGUAAUAAUCAAUCGGCUCGCGAGUGUUGAUGAAGAGGAUUUACCUGAACUUGAGGCAGAUAAACGCCUUUCUCGGUCAAACACCAACGUGUUAAACUCUCAGGAUGUAGAUUUAGAGGCUGGAGGCUCGUAUUUUGAUACUAGUAAACUAAGUUCACUGGGUGAGGGCAGCAAGAAGCUGCCUCAGGCGAUCAUCAUCGGCGUGAAGAAGGGCGGAACGCGCGCGCUGCUGGAGUUUCUGCGCGUGCAUCCUGAUAUUCGCGCGGUCGGAGCGGAGCCUCACUUCUUCGACCGUAACUAUGACAACGGACUGGACUGGUACAGGGACCUGAUGCCUAAGACCCUAGAGGGCCAGAUCACAAUGGAGAAAACACCAAGCUACUUUGUGACCCGUGAAGCUCCAGCUCGAGUCUAUGCCAUGUCCCAUGACACUAAGCUGAUUGUGGUGGUUCGGGACCCCGUCACCCGAGCCAUCUCUGAUUACACACAAACAUUGUCCAAGAAGCCUGACAUUCCCACUUUUGAGAGCCUGACAUUCAAAAACAGGACUACAGGGUUGAUAGACACCUCGUGGAGCGCCAUUCAAAUCGGCAUCUAUGCCAAGCACCUGGACAACUGGCUGCAGUUCUUCCCCAUGGGUCAGAUUCUGUUUGUGAGUGGAGAACGAAUGAUCAGCGACCCGGCCGGAGAACUGGGCCGUGUACAGGACUUCCUGGGACUCAAGAGGAUCAUCACAGACAAACACUUCUACUUCAACCAGACCAAGGGCUUCCCUUGUCUCAAGAAGGCUGAAGGCAGCAGUAAGCCCCACUGCCUAGGCAAAACCAAAGGAAGGACCCACCCAAACAUUAACUCUGAGGUAGUGCAGAGACUUAAAGAUUUCUACAGACCGUUCAAUAUGAAGUUCUACCAGAUGACAGGCAGGAAAUUUGGCUGGGAUGACUGACAACACUUGAACAAUGGGGUAACACUAUAAACCUUGAGAAAGACCCUGAAUUAUUGGAAAACCUUUCCCGGUCUACAAGGGAGAACCAGGCUUACUGUGACCUCACCAGCAACAGGAAUAUGUACCUACCCAUAAUAACAGCUUAUGUUUCUACAAAAUACCUAAAAGUGGUCCAAUAAGGAUAUGGAGAAAAUAUAAUAAAUAAGUGUGCAAAUCCAACCCAAGUUGUAUACUGAAUGAUGCAGAACACAAUGCAACCAAUGCAGGCAAAUCUAAACUCAGAAACCUUGCUAGUUUUAGAGGGGUUUUGGGUACUUGUGGAAACCAGCUAAAGCUGUAGACCAGUUUAGGCAGGAUAGGAGAACAUCUUAAAAAUCCAAAUUUUAUUCAAAACUUUUGACAUUUUGAACUCUAGGUCUUCAUCUAAAUGGAGAAAAUGGAGAUAGAAACAUUGCAUUGGUUGAAUGAAAUUUUGAGUUAAGAUAAUAGUGCAUGGAAACGUUUUCCCAGUCUGAUUAUGGACAUUUUUGUAAUUUCAAUAUGUUACAGAGAAGCACUGCUAACCCAAAGCUCAGGGCUUUCUCAUACAUAAAACCUGGAACUAUGCAACAAUGUUCAGUGGGAUUGUGAACUGUGAAUUAUCCACUGUCUGUCUAGGGUUUGGAGAUCAAAUCAGACAUUCUGCCAUAUUUAAUGUAAAAAAGAAGUAGCUGCUUAUAUACCUUUACAAUUAUCUUGAAGAAAAUAUAAAAUAAGUGUAUUUUUUGGAAAUGUAUUUAUUUUAAAAUAUGUACACAUAUACAGUUUAUCUAUUUUGAAUAAUAUUCACUAUUUCCUCGCUUCCCUUUUUUUGAUGUGUGGAGGAUGGACGAUUUCUUUUGUAUUUUGAACCUUGUAACACAAAUGCCUUUACUUAAACUCUUAAUUUGGUCUGCAUUUGACUAUGUAAAGGUACUCAAGAUGUUUGUUUUUUUAAUUAUUAUUAUUGGAGAUUUUUAGUUGGGAUACAAGAUUUCAAAGUUAUCUUGAUGUAUCUUAUAUCAAUGGAUCAAAGACCGGAAUAGGACCCCAAUGUGGUAAGCAUACAGAAUCACUUUCCCCUAGGUUUGGGUUUUAGGUUGCAAAAAAAAAUAUAUAUAUUUUUCAAGAGUCAGAGAGAGAUUCUAAGAGAAAGACUUUGUUACAAAGCAGCACCAUGUUUCCAAAAGACACUCAUUAAUCAGUGUUGCUCAAUUUUAAAGGUGGUGUGUGUCAUUUUAGGUAUUUUCUCCUAUCCCAGCUUAAUAUGAAGAUAAACAUUUUUAACAAAGCCAUUCGUAGGUUGAUUUCCCCAAACAGUGCAACACGAUGUUUGUUUGAACAUUCUAAACAGCCUGACAAAGCAACAGUGGCUUUGCUUUCCAACCAAUGAAUCAAUUGGGAAAUCUAUUUGAAAUAAGUCUUUAUUUUGCAUUUUUAUUUGGUGAUGCUGUAGUGGCGCAGAAAUCACACACUUCACCUUUAUGUUCAGAGGGAGCAAUAACAAAUAUUUUUUUGCAAUAUUAUCAGUCAUGUUAUGCAGUUAAAAUUAUUUAAAUAAAAUUUUAAUUAUGGGUUUUA